CAGAGAGUAAUGAGCCUGUGUGGAGCAAUAAGAGGGUGUGGCUUUACACAGGGAGAGCAGAUAAGUUGAGUUUGCCUUGUUGAAAGGGGCAGGAGUCGCAAUCCUGAACAGACAGCAACUUAUACUUUCACUCUGCUGGGCUCAGAAACAGUCCAGCUGCACAUUUCCCCUCACUUUGUCCCUCGCUCGUGCAACCUUCCAGCAGUUUGAAACGAGACACUGAGAGGCAGAGAGAGCGAGAGCAACUUCCAGGACAAGGGAAGUGAAAACACAACAGGACAGCCUCAGGAGAGGUUCAACGCGCAGCCAUGAAGGACAAAAUAAGGAGAGGAGGAGGAAGACAUCAGGGCAAAACUGAUGUAAUCAGCGGGUCUAGUGGAAAGAAUGCCGUUGGUAUCAAGCAAGAUGAGGACACAUCAUACCCUGUGAAGAUCCAGGGAGCAGGAGUAGAGCCAUUUGAGCUGCAGGUCCAAAGAUUUUGGCUUGUUCAAGAUGCCGUAAUGACCCUGCUUUUGCGGAAUGAGGUGUGUCCACGCUCCAACCUGUCACUGGCAUUUGCUGGUUCGACUCUGGAUCCCCUUGCAGAACUGCAAAGCCUCAAGGGCCUUAAACCAGGAGCCAUCAUUCGUCUAGUGGAAGAACCCUACACCGCCUGCUCAGCCAGGCUCCAUCUGGCUCGUGUCCUGGAUCUGCUGAGAGCAUCUGGACCUGCGGAUGCACUGAGAGAGGGACGCUCACCAAGCCUGCUGGAGACUCUCACACAUACGCACACAACAGGUGCAGACUCCAGCUUGCCGAAUGGAAAGAGCCUGAAACGCUCGUUAAGCAACACAAAAACAGAAUCAACCAGCCAGGAUGCAGCCCCUCCUGAGUACCUUCUCCCUGGUUCCUCAGAGAGACCACUCAUGGCCCUGCUGCCACCCAGCUCCCAGCCAGAGGCCCCCAGUUACCUGAAGGACCUGUGUCUCAGCUGUUGGAACCCGCCUCCAGGACACAGGAAGCUGCAGGGAGACUUCCUGUACAUCUCUGUGGUGACAGCAGAGGGACGACGGUGUGACGUCACAUCUUCUCCAAAAGGUUUCUUCCUCAACAGGUCUACAGAAGAGAUGUUUGAUCCUCGUCCUGCACAGUCUUCUCCACUUUGUCACUGUUUCACUGACCUGCUCUGUCACAUCAGCCCUGCCUUCAAAAAGACUUUUACUACAAUUAAAAACAGGUCCCAGUUACCACCAGUGGAAGUGAUGCCCACUCCCUACCAUACGAUGAGCUGGCUUGGGCCUCCCGCUGCCUCCCGCACCCACAAAAACCCCUUCAGCAGACUGGGAGUGGAUGAAGAGGCAGCAAAACAGACUCCAGACUGGAAUGAGGAGUUGCAAGCAGCCAGAGAUCUUCCACAGGGCAGCCUGGAGGAGAGGCUGCAGAAAGACAGAACUCUGCUCCAGGUAAACAGUGCAUUUGUGAGGGCCGUCAUGCAGGGAGCAGAGACUGUUGUGGAUGGCUUUGUGGAGCCAGUCAAUGGAAACCCAGAGGACCCAGCGUUCUUGUGGGGCGGUCUGUUCAUGAGCCAGGGGGCAGCAAGUGCAAUGUUUGGUGGGGAGAGGGGUCGCAGGGCAGCUCAGAGGCUGGAGCUUAAAGGAGUUCAAGCGUACAGUGCCCUCGAGGGGCUCGAGGGGCUGCACACGCUACCUACAGCCAUUGUCGACUACAGAGGUAUACGUCUUUCUGCCCAGGGUCUGGCCCCUGGCCUGGAAGGAUCAGAGCAGGACCAGGAAACUACUCCUGCCUCAAGAGGCUUGCUGUACGGGGUAAAUGCAGGACCUCAGGAGUCCCCCCAACGCAGGCGGCUACUAGCGCUCUUGGCUCAUGCUGCCAAGUCUCUUUCUCUCCAGAGACAUGUUGUUGUGGCACCCAACGGUCACCAGGUACCAUUGUUCACCCCAGUGGAUUCUCAGGGACUGUUGGGAGCUGACGGGAGGUUCUACGUACUGGAUGUGUUCAGGAGCUUCCCAGCUGAUGCCAACUUCUGCCCAGAGGUGGCGACAGAAAGUCAGACAGCCACUGGAGAAGAGCAGAGUAAAGAACGCCGUGAAGAGGAUGAGGAGAAGAAGGGUUGUGUAAAAGGAUAUUGGCCAGAGAAUUAUCACACAGACUCUGGGCUUCCAAAGAGCUUUGCUCACAGCCUCUGUAGACUGAGGCCAGAGCUGGUGCAGGCUUUCAUCCAGCACAAACAUUGCCAGUUCACUCAGCGGGUCAGGGAGAUCUUGGACGAGAAUGGAGGCUUUGAAGAAUGUGCAACAGCUUCUGACUCUCGAGCCACUAAAGCAGUUCGAGCUGCUUGUAAAGAAGUGGGCUCAGUGAGUGAUAUCAUCUUUGAGAUGCGCUUGAACCCAAAUGUCUUUUCUCCAGGAGUGUCCUUCCCUCCUGGUGAAAGUGCGUCAACUAACCUGCAGGAGAGGUUAUUGAAGGAAGCUGCAGCUUUUAUCAUCACACACCAGAUACCAGGCUUUGUGGAGCACUGCCUACAAAACUAUGAGGCACCAAUGGAUGGAGCGUCUCUUAAACAGGCACUACACCAGCGAGGCAUCAACCUCCGGUAUCUGGGUCAUGUGAUCCAGGCCAUCAGCCGGUCAGAACACAAGGAGCGUCUGAGGCAUAUAAUGAGAUUGGUCGUGGGCGAAGUUUUCAUCCGCUCCACAAGAAGAGUGUUCAACAGUUUCCUCCAGGGUGUGGAUGUGCCAAGUCUCUGUGCAGCUGUCAGUCACUUCCUCUGCUGCCUAUUGGUUCCCCACUUCACACCCACUCCUGUAGGGGACGAGACGAAAAAGAAGUCAAGGCGGCGUGGCAGAGGGGCUGGGGCCUCUGACAGCAUGCCCUGGAGCACGCUCACAGGAUCUGAGCUGUGGAACCUGGUCUGCCAGGAUGCUGUUGAGACAUAUAUCAUCUCUGACAGCCUCGGCUCUGGUCCGAAUCACCUCGUACAGCACUACGGCCUUCAGAAACUCUCUCUGCUAAGAGAGUUCUGUUUAAAGACCGGAGUACAGCUGAGAUUGAGGGACUACUUCCUUGACAACCAAAGUAAAGCACCCAUUGGUCCAGACGAUGUCCUCAACAUCAUUCCUGUUGUCAAGCACAUUCACAUGCCAACUGUGGAUGCUAUGAAAGCAUUUGGUGCUGCGCAGAACUCAGUUCAAAAAGGUCUGCUGGAUCAGGCCCAUGAGCAACUGAAAGAAGCAGCCUUCUUGUUUGGCAGGGUGUGUGACGACCUUCACCCCGAGGCCUGUUAUUGCCAUAGCCUCUUGGCGAGGGUGGCCUUCCUGCAGGGAAAGGCAGCAGAGGCUCGCAGCGCCCAGCUGAAAGCAGUGGUCAUCAGUGAGCGGGUGCUUGGCUUUGACCAUCCAAACACUAUCCAGCAAUAUACCCUCUUGGGUGUGUUCAUGUAUGCUGGAGGGGAGACCACCCUGGCUCAGAAGUGUCUCCUCAGAGCCCGCCUGCUAAUCCUGACGGUCCACGGAGAGGACCAUCCCUUCACCGCAACGCUGGAUAGCUGUCUUGGGUUGGUGCUGACAGGAGAUCAGACUGGGCAGUUCCUCAAGAAUGCCCUCAGGCUUAACACUUCCUUUUUUGGACCCACAGACUUACAUACUGCUCUAAGUCAGCACCUGCUGGCACAGUGGAUGUGCAGCAAGGGUGACUACCGAAGUGCUAUGACCCAUGAGAAAGAGGCCCUCACUGCUUUUACCACCUUGUUUGGAGAGGAUCAUCAACAGACAGGCUGCAGCAAAGAGUUUCUGUGCACCAUUACCAAGCAGGCAGUGCAGGUGGAGCGCUCUCUCAGACAGGCAGGAGCUGACAGUACGGAGCAAACAGUGGAGUGUCUGACUACUACAACUGAAACCAUUUUGGAGCAGAUGGUUCUGAUGACAGGAAUCAGGAAGGUCACACAAAGUGACAGGUUCCAGGAGUAUAAGCAGAAACAUCUGGAACUAAAGGCAGCAGCUUUAAGAGAACUGGGAAUCAAGCUUCCUAAUCAGCCCUUCGCCUUAGAGACUCUGAAGGGAGGCGAGAGCAGCUCAGAUCAAGAAACAGGAUGCGGGAUGGAAGCUAAGGAUGGAGGAAGCCCAGCAGUAGAGAAUCACAGCCUGAGCAAGACGGUUGAAGAGGUGUCACUGGAGAGUUCUGACGCAGUUUCAGCUAAUGGCCAUGUGGUGGAGCCAGCUGAGCAAACCCAGGACGGGGGGGAAACUGAAAACAGGGAGGACGGUGACAGAGCAGCUUUAGAUGCUGUGGUUAAGGUAGUGAAUGGGGAGUCAGAGGUCAGGGCUGCAGGAGAGGAAAGUGAGACCAAUGUACAAGAUGAGGUAAAGAGCAGCACAGCCAACAAGGUGAUGGAAUCUGAAGCAGCGUGUCACGAGAUGAAGUCAGAUGGUGAAUUAAAUGGAGCGGGGGACGUCACUGUUAGUCCAUCAGUGCUGAAAAGUAAGGGGACCUGGGCUGAUGUUGUUUCAAAGCCAAAAAUAGCCAAUGGAACAGGAAAUAAAGAGACAGCAGUCAAUGGAGUAGCAGAUAAAGUCAGUGCCAAUGGAGUAGCUGAAGAGUGAACACAUAGCAAACAAGAAAACACUGUUGUAGUCAAGUUCUUAUAAAGUCACUGCUGUAAGAUGAAACUCUCCCAGGAGCCGAGAGGGUAUUUGAUCCGAUGAAGCACGGAAUUUGAAAACAGUGAGCGAGAGGACGAGUAGUAGUUUGUGUUGGAGGUGUUAUUCCUGAUGCAGGGAGAGGGCUGUACUGUUGAGUGUUGUUUUGUUUUCCCAACAAUAAACUUUUUACUCUG